UCGGUUGCGACGACGCCAAAGAAAACCAAAACGAAAGAGAACAAUGCGGAGGUUCUCUAAUUGUAGGAAGUUGUGCGAAAUUGCGGAUCUCUUACUUGUUUCUUAGAUAAUUGAUUUUUACCUCGAAAUUUACUUAUCUUAGUUCUUUUUCUGUUUCAGGUGUUCUUCGAUUUUGAGGGAGAUUUUUAAUAAAAUGAGGUAUUCCAUUUAUAGAUUUGGUUUUGCGACACUCUUCUAUGCUGUAUUGUUUUUAACUACACCAGAAGAAGUUUCGUCGAAUCAAAAAUCGAACGAAUUCGACGAAUUUGUUUAUUAUCAAGGGGUCCAAGGAAGACCAGGAAUUGAUUUUCCAGUAUUUGCUCGAAUUCCCAGAACAGGAUUUAGUUGUAAACAAGUUCCUUCAGGUUAUUACGCCGAUUUAGAAACAGAUUGUCAAGUGUUCCACAUUUGUAACGAAGGAAGCAAGAUUUCGUUUUUGUGCCCAAACGGCACGAUUUUCCAACAGUCCGAUUUAAUUUGCGAAUGGUGGUUUAAAGUAAAUUGCACGAAUUCGCCCAAUUUGUACGAGGAAAGCGCCGAACAAUUACUGGAGGAAUCGUGGAGGAGGAAAGAAAAUCGAAGACCCGGUUACCAAAAUCGUUUAGCUAACGAAGAAAAAGAAAAAAAGAAAAAUUUCGUUGCUACUAAUCAAAGCAAAAGGAAAAAUUUAGGGAAUUCUUUGAAUAAACAAGUCAAUUUAAAUCCUUUUUCGACUAAUAAUCAAAAUCGUGAAGCUAAAAUUGCAAGAAAAGAACAACAAAAUCAAAAUCAAAGUCGGGGGAAUCAAAAAUACAAGAGACCGAUCAAUUUGAAGGGGAAAAAUGAUUUGAAUUUGGAAGAUUCGAGCGAGGAGAGCCAGGUUUUGGCGGAAACCGCUUCUUUUUAUGAUAAUAAUAAUCAAAACGUUAUUCAUAGCACUGAUAAGAUUGCGUUGGGUAGGAAAGGUUUGAAUCAAAAUCAAAAUAAUCAAGCGAAUCAAGGCAAUGUUGGUCGUAAAAUAAAAAUUAAUAGGAAUCGUAAUCAAAAAUUGAAUGAAAAUAGUCAAAAUCAAAAUUUGAAUCAACAUUCGAGGUCGAAAUCGAGUCAAAAUUUGGAUCAAAAUCAAAAUUUGAAUAAGAAUUCUGAUCAAAAUCAAUUUUCUAGUUCUAAAUUCGAUCAAAAAUUGUUUUCGAAUCCUGUCGAAAGUUUUAAUCAAAAUUUAAAUCAAAAUAAUCAUAAUUUAGAUCAAAAUAAUCACAAUUUAAAUCAAAAUUUGAACCAUAAUGAUCAAGGUGGACGCACUUUGAAUGAAAAUGGUCGAAAUUUGAACCAAAAUAAUCAAAAAUUAAACCAAAAUGAUCAAAGUGGUCGAAAUUUGAAUCAAAAUGGCCGAAAUUUGAAUCAAAAUAAACCAAAUAACCGAAAUUUGUAUCAAAACGACCAAGAUUUGGACCAAAAUAAUCAAUAUGAACGAAAUUUAAAUGAAAAUGGUCGAAAUUUGAACCAAAAUGAUCAAAGUGGUCGAAAUUUGAAUCAAAAUGGCCAAAAUUUGAACCAUAAUGAUCAAAAUGGACGAAAUUUGAAUGAAAAUGAUCAAAAAUUAAACCAAAAUGAUCAAAGUGGUCGAAAUUUGAAUCAAAAUAAUCAAAAUGGCCGAAAUUUGUAUAAAAAUGGCCAAAAUUUGAACCAUAAUGAUCAAAAUGGACGAAAUUUGAAUGAAAAUGAUCAAAAAUUAAACCAAAAUGAUCAAAGUGGUCGAAAUUUGAAUAAAAAUAAUCAAAAUGGCCGAAAUUUGUAUAAAAAUGGCCAUAAUUUGAACCAUAAUGAUCAAAAUGGACGAAAUUUGAAUGAAAAUGGUGGAAAUUUGAAUGAAAAUGAUCAAAAUGGACGAAAUUUGAAUGAAAAUGGUCGAAAUUUGAACCAAAAUGAUCAAACUGGCCAAAAAUUAAACCAUAAUGAUCAAAAUGGACGAAAUUUAAAUGAAAAUGGUCGAAAUUUGAACCAAAAUGAUCAAAAUGACCGAAAUUUGUAUCAAAAUGGCCAAAAUUUGAAUCAUAAUGAUCAAAGUGGAGGAAAUUUGUAUGAAAAUGGUCGAAAUUUGAACCAAAAUGAUCAAAAGUUAAACCAAAAUGAUCAAAGUGGUCGAAAUUUGAAUCAAAAUAAUCAAAAUGGCCGAAAUUUGUAUCAAAAUGGCCACAAUUUGAACCGUAAUGAUCAAAAUGGACGAAAUUUGAAUGAAAAUGGUGGAAAUUUGAACCAAAAUGAUCAAAAUGGCAAAAAUUUGAACCAUAAUGAUCAAAAUGGACGAAAUUUGAAUGAAAAUGGUCGAAAUUUGAACCAAAAUGAUCAAAAUGGCCGAAAUUUGUAUCAAAAUGGCCACAAUUUGAACCGUAAUGAUCAAAAUGGACGAAAUUUGAAUGAAAAUGGUGGAAAUUUGAACCAAAAUGAUCAAAAUGGCAAAAAUUUNUCAAAAAUUAAACCAAAAUGA